UUAACAAAUCACUAAUAUAGUUGAACUAGGAAAGUAUCAUUUUUCAAGUUCCUAUAUAAAUAAUUCCUGCUGUAAUUUUAUACAUACUAAAAUAUAAGGGUUAUUCAAUUAUUCCCAGAAAUAACAUUCAAUAUUUAGUAUGAAUAUUUUUUUCUAUGUUUCAUAUGUUUUAACCUAGUCUUUCACGCUGAAAUUGUUUUUAUUUUUCCACUAUCAGAAAUAUUUCAACAACCAAAAGUGAAAUGCUUCAUAUAUUAUGUGUUUUAUUUAUCAUUUAUGACAGCAUUUAAAAUGAAAUGACAAAUAUUUAAGCAAAAUGUGGUAUGCUGCCCUCAUUAGAUUCAUUAGAAGAAGAAUUAUACUUGGAAUAAUUUUAGCAGUAUCAUUCAUUUACUGUGUUCUCAGUUACACAGGAAAGGGUGACUUUUUAAGUGGCACUGAUGAGGAAGUGCUCAUGAAACGAACUCAACCUUUUGUUUGGAGGACAUUGCAAGAGCAUAAUACAACUGGUGAUGACAUCACCUGUAGAAAUUCUGUACAGGGGAUGGCGUUGAUUGUUGAUGAUAGAGGCUUCAUUUGUCCUCGUCAAGAAGUUCUAGCAAAUGGUUGCUGCAAUGAUAUCAUGUCAUCUGUAACUCAAUACUCCUGUGAAACUUGCAAGCCUAAUAAUUGUUGUGAAAUAUAUGAGUAUUGUAUUUCUUGUUGUUUAGAUCCAGAUAAGAAAGAUUUACUUGAAGUUCUUCUUGAAAAAGCAGCUGAAGAAAAUAAUGUUAUCUAUGCAUCAGUAUCUGAUCACUUUGAAUUGUGUCUAGCCAAAUGUAGGACAAGUUCAAAAAGUGUGCAACAUGAAAAUUCCUAUAAAGAUCCUGUUAGCAAAUUCUGUUAUGGAGGACAUUCUCCUGGAUAUGAUGUCAGGGACCAGUAUGCAAUGUUACAAAUUUUAAUCAAUUGUGAAAAAGAACUGAAUUUUGAGAAACCAAUUUAACUAACUAUGGAGCAGUCAAUAUUUAUUUGUUAUUUUAUUGAUUUUUUAUUUUUAUACAUUAUUUAUUGUAAAUAUACAAAUAAGAAGAGUGUUUUAUAGAAUGGAAGCAUUUCUUAAAUUAUAACAAUAUUUAUAAAAGGAUUGAGUAAAUUUCAAUGAGUUA